CGGGUGGAGGGGCUCUCCAGUGUCUGUGUCCUGUGCGAGCGUUCGCGACGUGUGACCCUCGCCCGCCCAGGCCGCGGGAGGAUCUGUGGUCGCGGUCGGCCGACGCCCCGCCCAGGCACCCGGGCCUCUGGCUUCGGGACACGGCGCGGAGCACAACGAGUCCGGAUCGCGCAGGCGCCCGGUUACCGUGACAACGGGCGCCUCAGGACCCGCCAGCGUUCCCGGUGUGCCCCGCGCUGCGCGGCGCCGGAAGUGAUCGAGCAUUUCCGCCAGCCCGGGCCUGUGUGUACCGCCACCGAUCGCCAUGAAGGAUGUGCCGGGCUUUUUGCAGCAGAGCCAGAGCUCGGGGCCCGGGCAGGCCGCCGUGUGGCACCGCCUGGAGGAGCUGUACACCAAGAAAUUGUGGCACCAGCUGACCCUGCAGGUGCUCGAAUUCGUGCAGGACCCGUGCUUUGCCCAGGGAGAUGGCCUCAUUAAGCUUUAUGAAAACUUCAUCAGUGAGUUUGAACACAGGGUGAACCCUCUGUCCCUGGUGGAGAUCAUUCUUCACGUGGUUAGGCAGAUGACCGACCCUAAUGUGGCUCUUACCUUCCUGGAGAAGACUCGUGAAAAGGUAAAAAGUAGCGAUGAAGCAGUGAUCCUGUGUAAAACAGCCAUUGGCGCCCUCAAGUUAAACAUUGGGGACCUACAGGUGACAAAGGAAACCAUCGAGGAUGUUGAAGAAAUGUUGAGUAACCUCCCAGGCGUGACGUCUGUCCACAGCCGCUUCUACGAUCUCUCCAGCAAGUACUACCAGACAAUCGGGAACCACGCGUCCUACUACAAAGAUGCAUUGCGCUUCCUGGGCUGUGUGGACGUCAAGGAGCUCCCAGUAUCUGAGCAGCAGGAGCGAGCCUUCACGCUGGGACUUGCCGGACUCCUCGGCGAGGGAGUUUUUAACUUUGGAGAGCUCCUCAUGCACCCCGUGCUGGAGUCGCUGAGGAACACAGACCGCCAGUGGCUGAUUGACACCCUCUAUGCCUUCAACAGUGGCAAUGUGGAGCGAUUCCAGACGCUGAGGGCUGCGUGGGGCCAGCAGCCCGACCUGGCGGCCAAUGAGGCCCAGCUCCUCAGGAAGAUCCAGCUGCUGUGCCUUAUGGAGAUGACUUUCACACGACCUGCCAAUCACAGACAGCUUACUUUUGAAGAAAUUGCCCAGAGUGCUAAAAUCACAGUGAAUGAGGUGGAGCUACUCGUGAUGAAGGCCCUGUCUGUUGGACUGGUGAAGGGCAGUAUAGACGAGGUGGAUAGACGUGUCCACAUGACCUGGGUACAGCCUCGAGUACUGGAUUUGCAACAGAUCAAGGGCAUGAAGGACCGCCUGGAGUUCUGGUGCGCCGACGUGAAGAGCAUGGAGAUGCUGGUAGAGCACCAGGCCCACGACAUCCUCACCUAGCACCUGCCUGGCCGCUGGAUCCUGACCAUUCACAGAGGGGCCUGGUCACAGGGAGAGAGCUCCAGGGGUCUCUGCAGCCUGCGGAGGAAGGGAGGGUCUCCUGGGCUCAGGUGAUGCAGGUGGGCGUCCCCACCUGUGUGUCUCCCACUGUCUUUGGGGGUGUCACUAUAAUAAAUGCCGUGGCUU